AUGUCAAAGAUAAGCCAGUCCUCACCCAGUUCGGCGGGGGGAGGGCGUCUGUCUCACUGGAAGCGGGUGGCCAGGAAUGGAAGUGUGGCACAGAGCUCAAAUUCAGACUCACGGAUCCUUCCGGAGAAGCGAGGUCUCGAGGAUGUCUCAAAGGAAUGUGGGGAAGCUGAACACCCUUCCAAAGAGAUGAGGUAUGAGGCUUCUAUUUCUGAAGUUGCUUAUGUUCCGGCGGUGGCUGCUCGGCAGCCCCUCCAUCACCAAGGCUGGAACUGUCGAGGGCUUGGGAACCCUCGCACAGUUCAAGACCUUCAUCUGAUGGUGACGGAAAAGAGACCCACGUUCUUAUUUCUCAUGGAAACAAGAGUGAGGAAUGAGAAGCUACAGCGUAUUCGGGUGAGGCUGGGAUUUGAAGGAUUACUUAUAGUGGAGCCAAUUGGAAGGAGUGGGGGUUUGGCUUUUAUGUGGAAGGAUUCGGGGGAGGUGGAUAUUAUCAAUUAUUCACUUAGACAUAUAUGUGCCUCUAUUAAGUUAAGGGGAUCGGAUUUUCAAUGGAAGUUUACAGGAUUCUACGGUAAUCCAAACCGUGCUUUGAGAGAGGCUUCUUGGCAUUUGUUGAAUCAUUUGAGCUCGUAUAGCCCUCGGGAUUGGUUGUGUGUCGGUGAUUUUAACGAGAUAGUUGAUCUCACUGAGAUGGUAGGGGGGUUGGUUCGCAAUGAACAACAAAUGGAGAAUUUCCGGUCCACUCUGUUACGAUGUGACCUAGGAGAUCUUGGUUUUCGCUGA